AUGUGUUUUAAACUUUGGUACCUUGUUAUAUCCAUUAUUCUUCUUAUAAAUACGAUUAUUGUUACUAAGGCAAAUGCAGCGGAGAAAGUUAAUGGAUUUAUUCAACGAGAACUAGAUUUAGAUAGAAGUGAUACACCAAAAAAUAUACUUGUUGGGUCUGUAAUUGGCGGAGCAAAUCAUCUCAAUCCAAUAUUUGAAGUUUGCAAGAUUUUGGUAGAUCGUGGGUAUAAAGUAAAAUUAGCUGCUCCUGGAAAUUUUACAGCUACAUCUACUUUAUAUAAUUCGAUUCCGCAAACGAUUAUUGGAGAUCCUCCUGACAGUUAUGCAUCUUCGGAGUAUAGAAAAAUGUUUUUUAAUGAAUAUACUUUUAAAAGCAUGGCCUAUGAACAAAUGAUGUUUCACCAAAGAUAUUUAGAAUACUUUAAUAAAUAUUUGGAAGUUUAUAAAGAAACUAAACCUGACUUAUUUAUUUGCCACUAUGUGAGAAAUGAGGCUUGCUUUGAUCUAGCAUGGAAAGUAAAAAAGCCUGUUGUUGGGUUUGUUUCUAAUACAGAGUUUUUUACAGCACUACCUCCCUUUAUAUCAGAUCCAAUGAUGGGUUGCCAUGUGAACAUGGAGAAUGAAACAUUCUACGAUCGGUUUAUAUGUGCUGUGGUACAACCAUUGCGAUUUGACUGGCAUUUUCGAAAAAAUUUAAAUUAUCUCAAUGCUAGAAGAGUUGAAGUCGGUGUUAGCGAACAUUAUGACAUCAGAGGAAGAAUAACCAACACUUUAUUUUUAGUUGAUAGUUUCUUUGGGUUUGAGGUACCAUCCGCUUGGCCUCCAAUUCAUCAAGAAAUUGGACCUCUUAUGCCUGAUAUUUUUCCAGAUCUAUCUUCAGAGCUCGAUUUAUUUCUUUCUGUUCAUCCUAGAACUAUGUAUAUUGCUCUAGGGUCUUUUGUAUACACUACUCUUAAAAAUUAUGCUAUUCUUUUACAGUCUGCUCUUGAAUUGAUCAAUAGUAAUAUUCUUGAUGGUGUGAUCUGGGCAACCGUAAGAUUUAAUGAAUCGGAACUGCCUUCUACAUUUACACUUUCUACUGGUGAUGUUAUACCCACUUCUAAUAUUUUAGAUAAUUUAUACCCGCAUAUUCAUGUCACAAAAUAUGCCCCUCAGUUUGCAAUACUUUCUCAUAAGAAUACUAAAAUUUUUUUAAGUCAUGGUGGUGCAAGUAGUAGUCAUGAAUCUAUGUAUACUGCUACUCCAAUGUUAGUACUUCCAAUAGCGUUCGAUCAACCUGGAAAUUCCGAAAAGUUAGAACUUAGUGGUAUGGCUUUAAAACUUUCAAAAAUUGAUUUAAAAGUUGAUGAUAUAGUAUCAAAAGUAAUAAGAUUAACGAAUGAAAAAAGUUUUAAAAUGAAUGCGGAAAGAAUGCAAGUGUUAAUAAAAUUUAAUAGCAAAAGAAAAUAUAGAGGUGCUGAUUUAAUUGAUAUAGUAAUGAACUUGGCAGAGCGUGAAGGUAUUAGAAAUGAGAAUGGUGAACUUGAGGUGGACAAUGAAGUCUUGUUGAGAGAAUGGAUUACUCCUGAUUCAAGAAUGGGUUUUAUUAAAGGAAAUUAUAUAGACGUUUUUGGUAUUGCUAUGAUUAUUGGGCUAGUGUUAACCAGUAGUCUUAUAUAUGGCUUGUAUAAGGUUAUUAUAUUCGCUUUUAAGAAAUGGGCUCUUAGAAAUAGAAAUUCGCAAGAAGGUUCUUCGAAACCUAAAAAUGAAUGA